AUGGAAUCGGUUCUUACUCCCCCGUUGCCGUUUAAGUUCGAGGAGAAUAUAACCAAUAUGGCGUUUGGCAGUUUGUGUGAAUCCUGGGAGAAGUGGAAGAAUGGUUUUCAAAUAUACGUUAAGGCAUGUGAAAUUAAUAAGAAAACGGAAGAUAUUCAAAUUAACAUUUUUUUACACGUCGUAGGGGAACAGUGCCGUGAGAUAAUAGAACAAAGUACGACGAAAUGUACAACAUUAGCGACCUUAAUAGGUCUAGUCGAUAAGCAUUUUAAAGCGAAAAAAAAUGUAACGGUCGAGCGUCAUCGGUUUUUUACUCGUCAACAAGGUGAACAUGAGUCCAUAGACCAAUACGUCUUUGAAUUGAGAAAGUUGGCUCAGUCAUGCGAGUUUGGUAACCUAAACGACGGGUUAAUAAAAGAUAGACUCAUAUGCGGAAUCGUCAGUGCAGCGAUUAGGGAGCGGUUGCUACGCGAGGACGACCUAACGCUAAGUAAAGCAUUAGAAAUAUGUCGGGCUGCUAUAGUGUCGAAAAUGUAUUCGGAGGACAUUAAACGAGAGUGUACUAGUGAAAUAAAAAGUAACGAAGUGUGUGCGGUAGCUAACAAAGAAGUAUACGAGUUAAAUCGGUCAGGUGCGAAAGUCGAGGCAAAAUCGAGUCGUAGUACGAGUUCUGGACGAGGAUGGCGCGGGCGCGGAUGGGUGCCUGGCGCAGGGCGCGGUGGCGCGUCGGGCGCGGGCCCGGCCGGCGCUCAGCACCGCGCGCCGUACGCGCAUCGCGGAGGGCGGUGCGGCCAGUGUGGCGGUGUGCACAAAAAGUACGACUGUCCGGCAUACGGCAGGAGCUGUAUGAAAUGUUCCAGACCGAAUCAUUUUGCCAGGAUGUGCAGGGUGUACAUGGUGGAAGAGUCUGAGGACCAGGUAAAUAAUAUUAAUAACCGACCUUGUGACUGUUGUGAUGAGUGGAACACGGAAUUAAAAAUAAAUAAUGUACCAGUGAGUUUUAAAUUGGAUACGGGGGCACAGGUUAACAUACUCCCCGAGGGUUAUUUGAUGAAAUUAGGUAUUGCGAGUGAGGAUUUGUUAAAAAUAAAUACAAGACUUACAGAAUACUCCGGUGCUGGUAUUAAUGUCAUAGGAAAGAUUUUCUUACGAGUCAGAUAUAAAAAAGAUUUAUAUGUAUUAGAGUUUAAAAUUGUUGAUUUAGAUUCCGCGCCGAUACUUGGACGGGACGCGUGUAAAGAGUUAAAUUUGGUCAGGCGAGUUAUGUCUGUGGAGCAGUCAAAUGAUGAUUUUCCGGAUUUUAUAAAGGAAUUUAGUGAUGUUUUUCAUGGUAUAGGUUGUCUUCCUGGCGAGUAUAAAAUUCAGUUAAAAUCAGAUGCGGCACCGGUCAUUCAUGCACCGAGGAAAUUACCAUUUGCGAUAAAAGAUGCGGUUAAAAAUAAGUUGUUAGAGAUGGAGGCUCAGAACAUAAUUGCUAAAGUUGAGGGUCCUUCGGACUGGGUUAGUAGCAUAACGGUAGUUAAAAAAUCAAAUGGAGAUUUGCGGAUUUGUUUGGAUCCAAAAGAGCUAAAUAAUGCUAUAAAACGGGAACACUUUAGGCUUCCAACCAUCGAUGAGAUAGUGUCAAAUUUGUCAGGCGCGCGGUACUUUAGUACCCUUGACGCGAGCUCAGGUUUCUGGCAGGUGCGGCUUGACGAGACUAGUAGGUAUUGUACAUUUAAUACGCCUUUUGGAAGGUACAAGUUUUUAAGAAUGCCAUAUGGAAUCUGUUCGGCGUCUGAAGUCUUUCACAAAAAGAUAUAUGAAAAUUUUGAUGAUAUUGAAGGGGUAUGUAUGUACAUAGAUGAUUUAUUGGUGUAUGGCCGUACUAAGGAGGAGCAUGAUCAGCGGUUGAAAAAUGUGUUGGAGAGGUGUGUGAAAGUGAACCUUAAGCUUAAUAGAAAUAAAUGUCGGUUUGGUUUGCAAGAGAUAAAGUAUUUAGGACAUCGAAUAACAAAGGACGGUCUGAGUCCGGAUGACUCACACAUAACAGCAAUAAAAAAUAUGCCUACACCCGUGAAUAGGAAGGAUAUUGAACGAUUUUUAGGGCUUAUUACGUACGUAGGAACGUUCAUACCAAAUUUAUCAGAUAAGACUCAACCAUUAAGAGAGUUAUUAAAAAAAGGAAAUUGAAUGGCAU